UCUCCGAGAUUCCCCCCCGGCCACCAAGCCGGCGACGCGUCUCCUCCAUCCACGUUGGACCGAAAGAAAGAAAGAGAGAGGAAAGAAAGAGACAAGAGAGAAAACAAACAAAAAAAAAAAGUGCUGCAGAUUCCUGCCAAUCGCCCGGGCGGCUGCUUUUGGGGGUAACAAAAGGACUUGUCGACUGAAUACCCCCCAAAUCAGGAGCCGGACUCCAAGCAAGAGGUGCCCAGCGGUGGCAGCAUAGCCUAUUUUUGGGGUUUCUAACUCUUUUUUUUUUUAAUUUUCCUCCACGUCCCCUCCCCUCUCGUUCCCCCCUUUUAUUUUCGAAGAUCCGUGGCACCGAGGCGCCUUUGCAACUCGCUCUCGCCCACCCGCGACUCCUCUCCAGUGGGGGUUAUUUUAUUUUGAUUUUAUUUUGUUUUGUUUAUUUGUUGUUUAUUUGUUUGUUGUGUCGGUCCCGUGCGAUCCCUUCCCACCCUCCCCACACUCAUGAACAUACACAGAUCCACCCCGAUCACAAUAGCAAGAUAUGGGCGAUCGCGGAACAAAACCCAAGAUUUCGAAGAGUUAUCGUCUCUAAGAUCUUCUUCCGAACCCAGCCCGAGUUUCAGCCCGAACCUCGGUUCCCCGAGCCCACCCGAGACUCCCAACUUGUCGCAUUGCGUUUCUUGCAUCGGGAAAUACUUGUUGUUGGAACCUCUGGAAGGAGACCACGUUUUUCGGGCCGUGCAUCUGCACAGUGGAGAGGAGCUGGUGUGCAAGGUGUUUGAUAUCAGCUGCUACCAGGAGUCCCUGGCCCCGUGCUUUUGCCUGUCUGCCCAUAGCAACAUCAACCAAAUCACCGAAAUUAUCCUGGGGGAGACCAAAGCCUAUGUGUUCUUUGAGCGCAGCUAUGGAGACAUGCAUUCCUUUGUCCGCACCUGCAAGAAGCUGAGGGAGGAGGAGGCAGCCAGACUGUUCUACCAGAUCGCCUCAGCUGUGGCCCACUGCCACGAUGGGGGGCUGGUGCUGCGGGACCUCAAGCUACGGAAAUUCAUCUUUAAGGAUGAAGAAAGGACUCGGGUCAAGCUGGAAAGCCUUGAAGAUGCAUAUAUCCUGCGGGGAGAUGACGAUUCCCUUUCUGACAAGCAUGGCUGCCCAGCUUAUGUGAGUCCAGAGAUCUUGAACACCAGUGGCAGCUACUCGGGCAAAGCAGCCGACGUGUGGAGCCUAGGAGUGAUGCUGUAUACCAUGUUGGUAGGGCGGUACCCUUUCCAUGACAUUGAGCCCAGUUCCCUCUUCAGCAAGAUCCGACGUGGCCAGUUCAACAUUCCAGAGACUCUGUCACCCAAGGCCAAAUGCCUCAUCCGCAGCAUCCUGCGGCGGGAGCCCUCCGAGAGGCUGACCUCACAGGAAAUUCUGGACCAUCCUUGGUUUUCUACAGAUUUUAGUGUGUCAAAUUCAGGCUAUGGUGCUAAGGAAGUAUCUGAUCAGCUGGUGCCGGAUGUCAAUAUGGAAGAGAACUUGGACCCAUUCUUUAACUGAGCUCAUGCCCCCCACACAGAGACUUAACAGGUACCAGGAGCGAGAGAAGGCAGGGACAAGGCAUUCUUCCAGGAAACACAAAUCGCCUAGCUGGGUAGAAAGACACUUACACUCACACGUUUCUUUGUUCAAUGAAGAAAAACCUUCAAGGAGCUGACGUAAACAUGUAGCAUGGGGGCAAGAGAGGUGGAAUGGGGUUUGACCUUUGUGGACUGGUGAGCAGGGUGGAGGAGAAACGCACUCCCGAAGUUUCUCAUCCUUGAUAUAGGCCCCAAAGAUCAUCCCUGACAAUUGGGCGACUUCCACCUACCCCACUUUUUAUUUGGUUCAAAACUAGUCUCAGAUCCUGACAGAAUCAAAACUCUGCCUCAAAUACACAUCUUGGCAUCGCACUGUUAGCAUUUAACUUCUUGUCACGAUUCAGGGAAGGUACAAUUGGCCAAGGAUUUUCUUUCUUUGUUCUUUUUUUGUUUUUGUUUUUCUUUGAAACAAGCCAACCACCUAUCUGAUAGUCAAAGAGGUUCACUUCAAACAAUUCGGUGCACACAGACUGACACAAAACCUGGGUGCUAAACAAAGAAUAUAAAAAAAAAAAUCCAUUUUUGUGUCUCUUAAUCACUUCAACUCAUUUCUUCUAAAUAAACUAUUUACUAUCCUGGUCAGGAAAUAGCAUGUUAAUGCUUUGCUCCCUGAAGGGAAAACAUAUCUGUCCUUUAACAAGCUAUUCUGUUUUGUGUCAAUUGGUUUCUGGCAGGAAGCUAUUAGAAGUCAAACUUCCAGAUGCAUUACUGCUAUCAUAGUUUAAAGAAACGGGGAGGGGGGCCGGGGAAAGAUAAAUUCAGUUCCUUCGUGUUUUUUUUUCUCUUGAAUGAUGCGGGCUGCAUUACAGGCAUUCCUGUUUUGCUAAGAAGCAGGAAGGCUUGGGAGGCUAAAGCUUUUGCAACACUCUGAUUUCAAGGAAGCAUUCUGUCUUUGAUUGGAAACUGGUGAAGCAAAGCAGGUUGUCCCACAUGUAUGAAAUACAGGGCAGCUAUUUUAUUUUCUAUACGAAGAAUGAUCCUUGUGGCUUGGAAGGCCCACUGGUUCAGACAAACACCCUCAGUAGAAAUAAGCAAGAAGGAUAAUAAGCUGAAAGCUAGGAUGAUAUAAAUAAAGCAGCUCUCUGUCCCAAUACGCACCUUUGUAUUUCAAAAACUCUUCUAUUUAUUAAGGAAAAUGUCACAUUGUGAUGUAUUAAGCCAGUACUUCAAUUACGGGUUGACUUGGGAUAACAUGUUACAUGCUGUAGUUAACAUUUAUAUCUAUUUUUUUCUUGUUUGAGUAUUUCUGUCCCUGAAAUAACCUUUUAUUUGGCUUUUCUAGGUAGCUUUAUUUGAUUUCGAGUGGCAAAUGUUUUUUUUUUUUAAUUACUGCCUUUCUAUUGCUGUAUGAUGCAGAACUCUUUUGGCAUAAAUAUUUGUGUUUCCAGUACCUCAGUUGUUUGAAUUUUACUGCCUGUAUACGUUUUGUGAAAUGGUCAUGUUUUUGGGUAGGUAACACGUGGACUCUAGUGUGUAAAUGUUACUUGAAUCUGUGCUUCAUUAGAGUAUGUGGCAUGUAUGUGCAGAUCUUGGAUGCUUUAUGCCUGCCCAGCAGGACCCCGCACCUCAUGUUCCUAGGAGGGCGGUCUCCACGUUCAUAGUCAUGAGACAAGGCGGCCAUGGAUUUACCCUUGAUUCUAUUUUGAUAAUGGAAGAUACGGAGAAGAGAGGUUUUUGACAUCCAGAAGAUGGCACUGUAUCAAGAAGGACCUUUUUUUCAUCCCGCUCCCCUAUUUUUUCAGUACCCCAUAGGAAGAAAGAUCGAUGACAUGCAUGGCGGGAAUCUAUGGCCUCUGGUGCUUUGUCCUGUAUUUGGUUUAAUGUUUUUGUCCUAAUCUCUUCAAUCAAUAAAAUUGUGCGUAUUUAACUAAAAA